AUGCCGUCCUUCUCGAGCGAGUCCUACCAGACAACCACCACAACGGCCACGCAACCCCCCCGCUCGUUUGAAUCGCCGCACCGCAAGUCUCACGACAAGAGCUCUGUCGGAAACACAUUCCUGUGGACCAACUGGCCCAACGGCGAGACCAACGGCGAUGCCCACCCGAAUGACCGGCACUUGCUCACCAAUUUGAAGAACGGCAGUGCAUACUCCCUGAAUGGCCCCCGCUCUAGCAUCGGGUCUUAUACGCGCGAUCUGCCGCACUCCAAAGACAGUAGCAUGCAGUCGCUAGGAAAUGGCUCUGCCAGGGAUAUUCGGGAUGCUUCCCGGCCAUCGGCCAUGCUCGACCGGAAGUCUUCGGACGCUGGACCGGGAGCAGGUGUCGUGACAGCCACCUCCACGGCGAAUCAACCGGUCAAUGGCACCGCCCCGGCCUGGAGCCAUCGUGCUGGCCAGGGGAAGCCGUUGGCCAAUGGAGAUACCCACCGUCCCUCUGCAGAUGAACCUUCCAUCUCGGAUCGGGCGAUCAGCCCAUCAACCUCGCUUUUGCAAAUCCCACCUUCCGACGACGCAGGUCGUCUCUCUCCAGAUCCUGAUCGAUUGUCCCCGAGUCCGAAGCCCAGCCACCACCGCUAUUCCUCUCCUCCCGCUCCCCCUUCCGCUAUCGAGGCAAAUUCUAUGCAGGACCCGCAGCAAUCCGGGUUGCGACAACGACAUUCACUACAGGUGCCGAGAGCACCGAGUGUCCGGCGAAACAGCCGAGACCAAGGUGAGGACACCGCGUUUAGCAGCGGUCGACUCUCACCAACGUCAGCCGGGCCUCGUCGAACAUCUUUCAGCUUGAUGCGCCGCUCAACCAAGACAAACCCACUAGAUGCGCCGCUUGAUGAGGCGCCACCAGAUGAAGAGGCGGCACGAUGGGCGGAAGCAAUCAAGCAAAGACGGGCAUCACGACGGCGGCGGGAAGACGAUGACGAUGAACGAGUCAUCGUCGGGACCAAAGUGGACCAGAAUCACGUCAACUAUGUGACUGCCUACAACAUGUUGACUGGUAUUCGCUUCACCGUGUCGCGGAUCAACGCGAAGAUGGACCGGGAGCUUACCCCGGCAGACUUCGAGGCUAAGCACAAAUUCUCCUUUGAUAUCACUGGGAAUGAACUGAUUCCUUCCGCCAAGUACGACUUCAAGUUCAAGGACUAUGCUCCCUGGGUGUUCCGACACCUUCGUGCCAAGUUUCGCCUCGAUCCUGCCGACUACCUAAUGUCCCUCACCAGCAAGUACAUUCUGUCUGAGUUGGGAUCUCCCGGAAAGAGCGGAAGCUUCUUCUAUUUCUCGCGCGACUACAAGUAUAUCAUCAAAACCAUCCACCACGCCGAACAUAAGCUUUUGCGCAGGAUUUUACCUCUAUAUUACCGCCAUGUAGAGGAAAAUCCCAACACCUUGAUCUCCCAAUUCUAUGGUCUACACCGUGUCAAAAUGGCAUACGGCCGCAAGAUCCAUUUCGUCGUCAUGAACAACCUUUUCCCCCGCACCGCGAUAUCCACCAAACAUUCGACUUGA